AUGCUGUCGCGGAAGAAGACGCGGACGGAGCUCUCCAAGCCGGGAGAGGUGCAGGGGAAGUACGUGAAGAAGGAGACGAGCCCGCUGCUGCGGAAUCUGAUGCCUUCCUUCAUCCGCCACGGUCCGACCAUUCCAAGACGAACUGACAUCUGCCCUCCCGACUCCGCAUCCGCUGCCUACGGCGAUGCAAUCGUUUCCAGGAACCAGAGCUUCCUCCGGACUCCUGUGCAGAGACCUCCUCACGAGAUAAUGAGGCGAGAAAGCAACAGACUGUCUGCACCUUCCUACCUGGCCAGGAGUUUGGCUGAGGUGCCCAGGGAAUACGGCUCCUCCUCGCAGUCCUUCCUGUCCGAAGCCAGUCCCGGGCUGGAGAACGGCGACGCCGGAGCCCGGGGCUAUUACUACGAUCAUUUCUACGAGGCCCAGAGGAGACGGCAGCACGACGACUACAGGUAUUAUGAACACAACAGCGAUCUUUUCCAGAGGAUGUCCCAGAAUCAUGGGAGGCACACUUCAGGCAUCGGGAGAGUUGCUGCUACAUCUUUAGGAAACUUAACAAAUCAUAGUUCUGAAGAUUUACCUCUUCCUCCUGGCUGGUCAGUGGACUGGACUAUCCGAGGAAGGAAAUACUACAUCGAUCACAACACCAACACAACCCACUGGAGCCACCCCCUGGAACGGGAGGGGCUCCCCCCGGGCUGGGAGCGCGUGGAGUCCGCGGAAUUCGGGGUUUACUACGUGGAUCACAUCAACAAAAGGGCUCAGUACAAACACCCCUGUGCUCCCAGCGUUCCCCGUUAUGACCAGCCUCCCCCCGUGUCGUACCAGCCGCAGCCCCCGGAGCGGAGCCAGGCCCUGCUGGUCCCUGCCAACCCCUACCACAGCGCCGAGAUCCCUGACUGGCUGCAGGUCUAUGCCAGGGCUCCUGUCAAGUACGACCACAUCCUGAAGUGGGAGCUGUUCCAGCUGGCCGACCUGGACACGUACCAGGGGAUGCUGAAGCUGCUGUUCAUGAAGGAGCUGGAGCGGAUCGUGAAGCUGUACGAGGCGUACCGGCAGGCGCUGCUGGCGGAGCUGGAGCAGCGGCAGCAGCGGCAGCAGCGCUACGCGCAGCAGCACGCCGCCAACUACUGAGCUCCCGCGCCCGCAGCAAAACUGCUGCUCUCCUUGGAAAAGGCAGCUUUUUUUUGGUUUGUUUUUUUUUUUUUUUUUUUUUUGUUCUUGUUGUUGUUGACGUUGCACCUUUGUUAUUACCCCCCUCGAGUAUUUUUCUACAUGUAUUAUGUGUUGUUUAUAAAAAAAAAGGUGGAAAUUGUUCGUUAAUCUUUUUUUUUUGUUUUGUUUUGUUUUGUUUUCCGUGCCGGGAGUAGUUUUGUUAUCCUGAGAAUCCAGCAGUUCCAGAUCGGUCCCCUGAUCCUCGAUCUCUUUCCUGCCAGUCAGCUGCAGUAUUAAAAGCUGGCUGUGUAUUUUUUUUUUUUUUAAGGGCAAUAGAUGCAACUGUCAUGUCCUGGCUUCCAAACGUUGUCCAAAUCCUGACGCCUCGUUCAGGGUAUUUGUUUGCCGGGGAUUUGGGAUCCCUCUCCUGAGAGAGCUCAGCUCUUUGUUUACAGCUUUAAUGUACAGAACCAGCCCCGGGCCCGUUCAGUCACACCAGGAGCUGAUCUCACCCUUCGGAUCCCAGCGCUUCGCUCAAGUGAAGCCUGAGUUGCCUUAUUUUUUACUUUAGCUCAUUAGUACUCCAGAUUUACUCCUCAUUUUCACACUGAUUACUCAGAGGGGGAACACUGUACCUUCCUAAAGACCAGGAUCUCUAAGCAGAGUGGUUUUGAUCCUACAUUUCCCAAAACCUGACCCGCUCCAGUUGGAAAGGCAGUAAGCGGUGUCUGACCCACUGUGCCACCCCACGGGGAAAAUCAGGGAUGUAACAGCAAUUACUGGGUUUUUUUAAUGAGCUUUUGUCUUAAAGCUCCUCACUUGGGGAAAAUUUUUAAUUGUCCAGUUACCCUCCAGUAAUUUAAUUUGGUUCAUUAAUUGUCCUGAUAUGUUAUUUAUGGGUUCUUUUCAGUGCAAUAAACACUGCAGACAAAAAAGUACAUUUCUUGUAAA